AUGACGAUUUUAACCUUAUCUAGACGAAAAUUUUCAACUUAUCUAUCAUCCAGAUUUCUCUACAGCAAUUCAAAGUAUUCGUUCUCUUUGACGCGAAGUUUUUCGUCAGGAUCCGAUGAAAACGACGUCGUUGUUAUCGGCGGUGGUCCCGGUGGCUAUGUGGCGGCGAUUAAAGCGGCGCAACUUGGACUUAAAACUACUUGUAUUGAAAAACGGGGUACUUUAGGUGGUACUUGUCUUAAUGUUGGUUGUAUUCCUUCUAAGGCACUGCUUCAUUCGUCCCACAUGUUUCAUGAAGCGCAACAUUCAUUUGCCAAUCACGGUGUGAAGUUUUCUUCUGUCGAAGUUGAUCUCCCUGCCAUGAUGGGACAAAAAGACAAAGCCGUGUCCAACUUAACACGAGGUAUUGAGGGUCUAUUCAAGAAGAACAAAGUAAACUAUGUUAAGGGCUAUGGUAAAUUCCUCUCGCCUUCCGAAAUUUCUGUUGACACCAACGAAGGUGGUAACUCUGUCGUUAAAGGCAAAAAUAUUAUUAUUGCAACUGGCUCUGAUGUCAAAGAUCUACCUGGCAUAACCAUUGAUGAAAAGAGAAUUGUGUCAUCUACUGGAGCAUUAGCUUUGACUGAAAUUCCAAAAAGACUUGUUGUUAUUGGUGCUGGCUAUAUAGGCCUUGAGAUGGGAUCUGUCUGGGGUCGCCUCGGCUCAGAGGUGACUGUUGUUGAAUUUGCAGCUGAUAUUGUUCCAACCAUGGAUGGUGAAGUUCGCAAGCAGUUCCAACGCGCUCUUGAGAAGCAAAAGAUGAAAUUUAUGCUAAAGACUAAGGUGGUAUCAGUUGAUACCACCGGUGAUGGUGUGAAAUUGACUCUUGAACCUGCAUCCGGCGGUGAGCAAACUACUCUCGAGGCUGAUGUUGUUCUCGUCUCCGCUGGAAGAGUUCCAUUCACUUCAGGGCUUGAAUUGGACAAGAUAGGAGUUGAAACUGACAAAGGUGGUAGAAUCUUGGUCAAUGAACGUUUUGCUACCAACGUCUCAGGUGUAUAUGCUAUCGGUGAUGUCAUUCCUGGACCGAUGUUGGCUCACAAGGCAGAGGAGGAUGGUGUUGCUUGCGUAGAGUUCAUUGCAGGCAAAGAGGGUCAUGUAGACUAUGAUAUGGUUCCUGGAGUUGUUUACACUCACCCUGAGGUGUCUUAUGUUGGGAAAACUGAGGAACAGGUAAAGGCACUCGGAGUUGAUUACCGUGUAGGCAAAUUUCCUUUCCUAGCAAACAGUCGAGCCAAGGCAAUUGAUGAUGCUGAGGGAAUUGUCAAGGUUAUUGCUGAGAAAGAGAGCGACAAGAUACUGGGCGUCCACAUUAUGUCACCUAAUGCAGGGGAGCUUAUUCACGAAGCUGUCUUGGCAUUGCAGUACGGAGCAUCAAGUGAGGACAUUGCUCGUACGUGCCAUGCACAUCCAACAAUGAGCGAGGCACUCAAAGAAGCGGCCAUGGCUACUUAUGACAAGCCCAUUCACAUGUAG